UUUCCGUUUUCCUGUUUCUGGGUCUUCCAAUCAGCUUUCUCCAAAUUGUCUCGCGGUCCUUGUUCAAAACACAGAACCGACCGCUUAACAGUGUUCCUGCAGCAACGUUGUAGCUGUAAUAGUCUGGAAAGAAGGCUUGGAAGCGUUGUUUUAAUUUCCACAAUGGCAGAAGGAGGAGAUGUGGACUGGGAGCUAAGCAAAGAAAACAUCCAGCCACUGCGGCGGGGCAGAGCCAUAUCAGCCUUACAUCAGGCACUCAGUCAACAACAGGAUGGGCUCAGCUCUGCCAUCAACCAGCAGAGACAGGCUUUUGAGUCUGAACUGCGAAUGUAUGAUGGCGAUGAUCCGCUUGAUGUUUGGGAUCGGUAUAUUAAGUGGACAGAGCAAACCUUCCCUCAGGGAGGAAAGGAGAGCAACCUCGCCACACUGUUGGAACGAGUUGUAACCAGAUUCACAGAGGAAAAGAAAUAUCACAAUGACCCUCGCUAUGUUGACCUCUGGAUCAAAUUUGCAGAAAACUGCCCAGAGCCCUUGGACAUUUACAGGUACAUGCAAGCGCAGGGAAUAGGAGUGACACAGGCAUCCUUCUACAUCGCUUGGUCUGAGGAAUAUGAGAAUCAGGGCAACUGUCGCAAAGCAGACCUGGUGUACCAGGAAGGAUUCAAGAAGUGUGCUGAGCCGCAUGAUAAGCUCCUGCAGUUUCACAAGGGUCUGCAGGCACGUGUGUCCCGACAGGUGAUGAUGAAUGUGGAGGAGGACGAUAGUGAUGAUGAGCCUGAGAGAGUUUCUCUAGCCGACCUCAAACAUAGAGGGAGGAAAAAGGCCAUCGCCCCCAUCAACAGAGCUGGGGCUGCAAUUAGAAGUAUUUCUGGAGGCCUGCAGUCACACGCCGCCCCUGUCCUCGGCAAUGCUUCAAACAGUCGGUUGGUGAUCUUUGAUGAGAACAAGACUCAAAGUGCUGGCCCUUCAGAGCCUAAGUUGGAGUCUUGGGUGGCCCCACCCACUUCCAGGGCAAAGGAGAAUGAGCAGAGGCUUGAAAAAUGGUGUGAUGUCAAGAUGCCACAGAAGUCCAAAUUCGGACAUACUGUUAUGGCCCCACCGCCUCCGAAACCCACCUUCCAGCCAUUUGUUGAGGAGUCCAGCCAGCCUCCAACAAUGACUCCAUGUAAGAUCAACUCGGCAGUGAACACCGUUUUAUCAUCACGUAAGCCCUGCAGAGAGGAAACUCCUCUAAAGAGACUACAGGAGCACCAUCAGCAACAUAAGGAAGCAGAAUCAGGAAAAUUACAGGAGCAGAGCAUGUACUGUAAAGAGCUGCUGCUCAGCGGCGCCACUGAGUUCUGCUUUGAGGAACUGCGUGCUGAACGCUAUUUCAAAAAGAUGUCACAGGAGGUCAGGGAUCAAAACGAUCAAGCUAGUGCCAGUGCUUCAAACUGAUGCAUCUAAGAAGACUGACAAAUUGUUUCUUUUUUAGGGAUUUUUACCUUCAUUUAGACAAGAUUUUAUCUGCAAGUAUCAUGUAGUUGCUGUUAUGUAUUGUUUGUUUUCCUGCUGUAAAUAUUUUGUUCAGAGCGAUCCAGUUAGUCAGAAAGGAAUAAAACCCUUUGAACUGAAGACACAGUAAUUUAGAAGUUGUGUUGGAUUCGUUAAAACACGGCGGGUGGACCAAUUAAUGGGAACACCUGUACAAUGUAAUUUAAUCCAGUACAAAAUACCACAAACUGCAAAACUGUUAACGUGGAAUAAACAUCUGCACAUCAACAAACAAUAUAAACUGCAUAGGCUUCACAGUAGUAUUUAAGGGGCUAUUGGAUUGUAUUAUGUAUGUUAUGUGUGUCAACUCCUUGUAAAUACUAAACACAUUUGUCUACCAUCUGGUGCAGAAAUACUCACACUUAUUCCUUAUUUCAUUCUUGGCCCAUUUAUCCAUUUUUCUUAAUUGCAUUGUUCUUGAGAACAGUGGGGUUUUUUAUGUGUGCUGCCUUUGAUUUGUCUUGUUGAGUAUUUUUUUAGCAGAUGUUUCAACACAGUCGAAAGAGGGCUUCAGUGAGCUGACUCAACUGGGUUUUACGUCUCAGUCUGAGUGAAAUGUCCCAUCUAGGUCAUGUGUCAUUGAUGUUCAAUAAACUUGUUAAAGUA